UACAGUUUUUCUUUUGCACUUUUAAUCUUACAGCAAUAUCCCAGCAUGCAUAUGAUAUAUUUUGACAGUUCCAGUUGAAGAUGGGUAGUAGUACAGCUCAAGCCUGUUACAUACAUUCUUAUUGGCUGCAGCUGCUCUAUGCCACAUUGUCACCGCUUAGUGACUUGCAUUCCAGCAGCUGUCUCUACUCUCUGCGCCACUUCAGCGCUCAGCCGCCGACCAUGGAGGAUCUGCAACUUGUCAUCGGGGAGCAUCUGGACUCAGCCGAAGCGCUGAAGAAAAGGAAGAGAAAAAAGAAGAAGAACAAGGCUAUGACGGCACCUUCAGCAGUGGGGGCACACAAGGCCGAGGGGGAGGAUGGAGAAGCCGGAGGUGUUGGUGAAGUGACAGAACAGCUGGAGAGGCAAACGCUGGAGGACAAAGAGAGGGAGGACGAGGAUGGUGAAGAAGGGGAUGGCGACGACGGGGAGAACUCAACCGCAAAGAGGAAGAAGAAGAAGAAAAAGAAGAAAGGAUUGAAGGGACAGACUGACCCACCAACAGUUCCCAUUUGCGAGCUUUACCCCAAUGGAGAAUUCCCAAGAGGAGAGGAGUGCGAAUACCCGCCCUCAAAAGAUGGACGCAGUGCAGCAUGGAGGACGUCCAGUGAGGAGAAACGAGCUCUCGACUCGGCCAAUGAGGAGAUGUGGAGCGACUUCAGGCAGGCAGCCGAGGCCCACCGUCAAGUCCGCUCCUACGUGAGGAGCUGGAUCAAGCCGGGCAUGACAAUGAUUGACAUCUGUGAGAAGCUUGAGGGCUGCUCUAGGAGGCUAAUUAAGGAAAAUGGGCUAAAGGCAGGCUUGGCCUUCCCCACUGGCUGUUCCAUCAACCACUGCGCCGCCCACUACACACCAAAUGCAGGGGACCCCACAGUGCUGCACUAUGACGACGUCUGCAAAAUAGACUUUGGAACUCACAUCAACGGUCGGAUAAUAGACUGCGCCUUCACUGUCACUUUCAAUCCCAAAUAUGACAGACUGCUGGAGGCUGUAAGGGAUGCAACUAACACUGGUAUUAAGUUUGCAGGUAUCGACGUACGCUUGUGUGACAUUGGCGAGACCAUCCAGGAGGUCAUGGAGUCUUAUGAAGUGGAGAUAGAUGGCAAAACAUAUCAAGUGAAGCCAAUCAGGAACCUCAACGGCCACUCUAUUGGACAAUACAGGAUACACUCAGGGAAAACUGUCCCUAUUGUAAAAGGUGGAGAGGCUACACGGAUGGAGGAAGGUGAAACCUAUGCCAUUGAGACUUUUGGCAGCACAGGACGAGGUGCGGUCUACGAUGACAUGGAGUGCUCUCAUUACAUGAAGAACUUCAAUGUCGGCCACGUGCCAAUAAGACUUCCAAGGGCCAAGCACCUUCUGAAUGUGAUCAAUGAAAAUUUCGGCACCUUGGCUUUCUGCCGCCGCUGGCUGGACCGGCUGGGCGAGAGCAAGUACCUGAUGGCGCUGAAGAACCUGUGUGACCUGGGUAUUGUGGACCCUUACCCUCCUCUGUGUGACAUCAAAGGCAGCUACACAGCCCAGUAUGAACACACCAUCCUCCUCAGGCCUACCUGCAAGGAGGUGGUCAGUCGUGGAGAUGACUAUUAGCGCACAUGUUAAACAGUCAGUUGUUUCAAAAGUUGGAAACUUUACAUGGAAAUAAAUGGGGAUUAAUAACAAUAUAUGAUGAUUUUAUGGAAUGAAGUGGAAUACGAUGUGCAAAA